AUGAUGGUCUCGAAUAUUAUAGUUUUGAAGGACCUAGGUCCCACUCACAGAAAUGAUGGAGCUCGCUGCUCUGUGAGAGUUAUGGACGGAAUGUCCGAUAGAAUGGCUCAACCUUCCGUUUCCGGCAUCUCUGUCGACCCUGACUGUUGUUCCUCGUCUUCUGAAUGUACGGAUGAAAGUGCAUCUAGCAGUCCAGGAAGAGAACCAAACCUUCACCCGAUCACACAGCUCGUGGGACCGCUUUACUACCGUGAGGAUUUCGAACUACUCCAAAAGUUAGGCGAAGGCUUUUUUAGCGAAGUCUUAAGGGUGAAGCAUCGUGAUCACAAUGAGGAAAUGGUUCUGAAGGUUAACAAAAAUUCUGCUAACCGCAACAGACGAUCCAUCCAUGCCGAGGUAGCUAGGGAAGCGGAUAUUAUGAGAAGAUUGAAGCAUGAGAAUAUUCUCGCCUUAAAAGGCAUUUGCCUCGAGAGAACUUUGGAUGGAAAGUGGGAUAUUCAACUUUUGGUCGAUUUCUGUCAAGGUGACAGCUUAUCUCGGCUUAUUCUGGACCGGUUCGCUCCAUUCCCAUGGCAAUGUCGGACAGAAUUUGCCCUUCAUAUUGCCUCUGCUAUGGAAUACAUUCAUGACCAAAGGAUAAUGCACAGGGACUUAACGAGCAUGAACGUGCUCAUUCGUUAUAAUGACGCAAGUAAUGACUUGUUAUCUAGCCGAGCUAUCGUCGCCGAUUUUGGAUUGUCCUGUAGCUUUCCAAAAGUGGGAGAACAAUUGCCACAGGUCGGAACUACAUACUACAUGAGUCCUGAGUGUCUUAAAGAAGAAUAUUAUGACGAGAAAUCUGAUAUAUUCUCAUUCGGUAUUAUUCUGUGCCAAAUGAUAGCACGAAUAGAAGCAGACCCCGACAGUGGUUUACAUAGAACAAGCAAUUUUGGCCUAGAUUAUGUUCUAUUUACUCCUUGUUGCCCUCCUGAUACUCCUCUUGAGUUGUUAGAGUUGGCUUUCAAUUCUUGUUUGCUUGAUCCCGGAUCUAGGCCAAGCUUUGCUACGCUAGCAUCAUCUCUCAGGAAAAUACUAGAUCAUAUGAUUCAAUCACCAAAAUUGGAGAAAGAUUUGUCAAUGGAACUCCGGCUUGGAAGAUCACGAUCAGAUGCCGCUUUGAAGAAGCCCCGCAAUUUAAACGGAAGGAAGCUAUCAAGCAACAUUUUUUUCAACACCCCCAUAAUAGAAGGCAUUGUAGAUGAAUCAUCGAUCACAGCUAUGAAGAAGUUGGCAAGUGAUGUCGCUAAGGAAGAACCAGCUUAUGAUCAUCAUACUAAUCCUUUCUUGAUACACGAGAGAUUCAGAAAGGAACGAAAAAUAGUCCCUCGCGUUGAUGGAAGAAGAAGGAGUAACACAAAGCCAGAAGCGGCAUCAAGUGACACUGCAGAUUCAUCAAGAAGGAUAUACCGUAGAAGAUGCUCUUCAAUACCAUGUGAAGCAGAGUACAUCCUCGAUCCUGUUGAUGAAGAAGCUGACAUAUCUACUGGUCGAAUGCCUAUGGCUUACAGGGAUUACGACAGGGAUUUUGCCAAAUCUAUGAAGCGUUUCCCGUCACGUCGGCAUACCAUGAUUCCAGAAUGCCUGGCAUCAAAAACUUCGAUGAAUGCUCGAACUCACCGCAAGAGAGAGUCUUCUGGAGGUUAUAAAACUGACUUAGAAUCUAUUUCUGCCUCAUCUCAAGUUGAAUCAGUAAUAGUUGAUAAAAAUAAUGAAGAGAAUGAAAAUCUCUGUAUCCCAACACCUGUUGAUGUGGUAACAGUUCAGCCAUUGAGUUUGGCAUCAUCAGAAAUGUCAACAAACUCAGUUUCAGCGUCAAGUAAUCUAGACGAUUCACUAAACAACAAUGAACUGAAAGCAUCGUGGGGUUCAAGAAACUCUCUUUCUACAUGUAUUGUAUUUAACAACUCAAAGCGUUCCGAGAACAUAUGUAUGCCUUCAGUAGAAGAGAAGCAUCACAAGUGUUCUAUACUUUAG